AAAGAUGGCUGCGCCCUGAUGAAACGUGACUUUUAGCUGACACCGACAACUCUCAAAGUUAGCUGAAAGCAUAGUUGAUGUUGUACCAUGUCUUCUUUUCAAAAGGACAGAACGAAACCAAAACACAGCGGUGGCCAGCAAAUAAUAGAUGAAGAAGCAGAAAGAAGAAAGAAAAUUGAACAAGAUGUCCGAAGACGCCAAGAAUGUGAGAAAAAAGCUUUCAAAAUAGUGGAGAAAUUGCUAGAAAAUCCUGUUACUGAAGACACACUACUACAGGAUGCUCUACACAUAUGUCCGAAUCACUACGACGAUAUUAUAGAGGAGCGAGCCAUAGCUAAGUUAUGUGGCUAUCCCAUCUGCCCAAACUCCCUAGGACACAUUCCAAAGCAGAAGUACCACAUUUCUACGAGGAGUAACAAAGUAUAUGACAUCACUACCAGAAAGAAUUUUUGCAGCAACCAGUGUUUCACGGCCUCUCAGUACUUAAGGCGACAGCUGUUGACUGCUCCUCUUUGGAGUCGGAAACAUGUGAAUGACAAACCGUUCAAACUCCUUCCACAGGAAGCCACAAGUGGGUUAGAAGGAGAUGAAGUGAUUUCUAUACAAUCAGAGUUGAGACAAGAAGUGCAGUCACUGGAAAGGCUGGAGAAGUAUGAGGCGAAAAGCAAGGAUAAGUCAGCAAACAGGGGUCCUAAUAACCCGGACAUGUUGAAUUUACAGUCCCUUAAAAUAGCAGAUAGCAACACUUCCUCCAACCAAGACAGAAGUGUGUCAGUCACACAGUCACAUUCCAAAAGUACUCAUCAGGAAGACAAUCUUAUAGAUAAUGCUGAGAAAGGUGAAACAAAAUCUAAAAACAAAGGUGACUCAACAGUAAUUAACCCUAAUCAGAAUUCUGAGACAAAAACAGAAUCUGGACACCAUGGUGACACAAUGAAUGCUGAAGCAAAGAUGAAACAUCUUCAGACUUUGUUGAACAAACGAAAACAUUUGCUUGGUCAAUUGGCAGAUAUUCAGCCAUUGAAAGUGGAGAUGUCCAAUACAAAACUAUCACAUGAUUCAGAUGAUGAUGAUGAAGAGUCUGAAUCAGGAAAAGGUCAGCCUAGAGUCACAAAACUUACUAAAGACUCUGAAAAUAAUAUUGAUCCUGCAUCAGCAAAUGUUGUGUGUGACAAUGUGAAACCUCCAGAUUCUGGUAUGUGUCAGGAUCCUGAAUUGCAGGGAAAUGUCAGUAGAACAAGACCUGCUAUGAUAAAACCACAAGUACUUCCUGCUGAGGUGUCACAGUCAACAACCUUCAUACAACAACAGAGACUAAAAAAUCCUAAAACCCCCGUAACACCGUCCAAAUCUGUGAUAAUGAUUCUGUGUCAGACAAUGAAACAGUGGGUCACCAAGGAAACCAUAGACUUUUUAUCACCACAGGAAUCAGACACUCCACAAGAUAGAAUUGACCACAUAGGAUUCCAGUCGAAAUAUGAACAAUUAUGUCGGCGAAUAGGUAACAGUGAAAAUGACCUUGAUGAUCUCAUAGGAGAAUCCAAAAUGGAGGAUUCAUCUAUUCCACAGAAAACAGUUCCAGAUUACAGAAUACUGAAGGAAGAAACAGAAGAAUUUGGCAACAAGGUGGCACACUACCUACAGGGCAAGACCAGUGCAGCAUUGGUCGUGAAGGAAAAGGACGUCCAGGAGCAGUCAGAAGUCCACCUCCCUACAGUGGACAGUCAUGAUCAAAUGCUGAUUAGAAAGAAAAUUGUUAUGGAAAAAAUUAACAGGGUAAUGCAUGAAAUUCUGACUCCACUGAAGCUGUCCAUGCAGGAAGUGUUUUCAGAAUUAAGACAACUGGUGUCAACAUUCAGACUCGGAAGUCAGAACAUCAUCUUUAGACCAGCAGAGUGGACAUUGGUCAGUCUCAUCCUUUUCAAAAUGUUGGCAAGAAGACAACAUUACAUUGCAGAAGCCUUUAAGGAGGAGAGUGCAGUACGUUACUUUAAUAUUCUCCUCCGUCCUAUCCAUGAGUCGGAGACUGCAGUUGACCAGCAUGUCUCACAAGUCAUCUUCUCUUGACGCCAUUACUAUUUUCCUUUUUACUCCGCAAAAAAGACUGAUUUAUACAGAAAGAAAACCAUAAAGCAAUUUUAGGAUUGUUUAUUGUAAAACAAAAAGGAAAUUUCUGCAUUACCCAUGACAGAAAUUAAUGCUGAAUAUAUGUGUUGUGCAUCAUCCGUUAAAAUUACAACCUGGACUUGGACUUCAAAACCAUUGAAUUGGUCUCUAUAUUAUGGACAAAGACAAACGGCUUGAGGGACAGUGCUAAAAGGGGUUGAAUUGGCUAAUAUUUCAACAGUAUUCUCCUUCAGACCCAGUUACGUUAGAAUCAAGUACUCUCAUAGAUUUCGGUGGAAGGCCUAUCCUUUUGUUGCUUAUUCAUUGAUAAAUAUAUAAUAGAGAUUUAUUGGAAUCGAUAAAAACAAACGUGUGACUUCAGUAUGUUACAUUAUUUAUUGAUAAUACUCAGAGAAAAAACAAAACGUGAUUUUACAUAUCCCCGAAUAUAUAUACAUGUAUAACAUGUGACAGAAAGUGAUGGUCCAUAAAACAAGUAUUCCGCUACCAGGUAUAGGUAAAAUCUCAACCGUAUUGGUACUACCAGGUAUAUAUAAAAUCUCUAUCAUAUUGGUACUACCAGGUAUAUAUAAAAUCUAUCGUAUUGGUAUUACCAGGUAUAGAUAAAAUCUCAACCGUAUUGGUACUACCAGGUAUAUAUAAAAUCUCUAUCAUAUUGGUACUACCAGGUAUCUAUAAAAUCUAUCGUAUUGGUAUUACCAGGUAUAGAUAAACUCUCAACCGUAUUGGUACUACCAGGUAUAUAUAAAAUCUCUAUCAUAUUGGUACUACCAGGUAUAUAUAAAAUCUCUAUCGUAUUGGUACUACCAGGUAUAGAUAAAAUCUCAAUCGUAUUGGUACUACCAGGUAUAGAUAAAAACUCAACUGUAUUGGUACUACCAGGUAUAUAUAAAAUCUCUAUCGUAUUGGUACUACCAGGUAUAGAUAAAAUCUCAACCGUAUUGGUACAACCAGGUAUAUAUAGAUCAGGCGCGUAGCUACCAUGUAAUCCAAUAAGCCCGGGCUUGCACAUG